CGGCUCCGUCCAGCCCUUUGUAUCUCAUGUUCUGAACGGUUUAUAAUCUCUGAGCGCUGAAUUCAGUGGCAUAUGUGUUAAAGUUCACCCAGAUAGAGAGAUGCUAACCACAGUUCUUCUUCUGAUACUCCUGCCGCCCAUGGUAGCACAGGAUCUUUGUAAAGACAGCACAGAUGGAUUUAAAGUCAGACUCAGCAUUAAGACGGCCCUUGGAGAUAAUGCAUAUGAGUGGAAUGAGAGUGAGAGGUUUCUCUUCCGAUCUACUCUGGCGUUUGCAAUGAGGAGACAUACUAAUAAAGACACGUAUAACAUUGAAAACAUACUGGUGUGCAAUGAUACGCAAAGAGUGUCGUUCGUGUUCGUGGUAACGUCGCCAGAUGAUCCAACCCAACUGAUCCCCAAAGAACAAGUUGAACAAGCAGUGAAGAAGAGUAAGCAUCGCAUAAACAGUGCGUUCUUGUUAUCGGACAUGACCCUGGAGUUCGUAGGAAUCCCACCGACGCUGGCGCCCCCGAUCACAUACGACACUCCUCCAUGGCUCAUCGUGUUUGGUGUGGUCAUAGGUGCCGUGGCUGUGGGGAUCGUGGCUUUGCUGAUGUCUACAGUUAGCAAAAGACGACGAGCCAAAGACAAGGAUGCUGGUUUUGCAGAAGAGGAUGACGGAAGAGUCAAAGAGAACGGAACUACACUUUCAAGCCUUGGCGGGAAAGAUGGUGUCUAUAAUCAAGCGUUCUCAAAUGACGACCGCUUCACCGAGCUGUAGACACUGAGGAGAGCCAAAGAGAAAAGUAAAGCCAUUCAGUAUCACUUAACCUCUAAAAUGCUUCAGAAAUCCCAAAAGAUGAUAUUCACUGAUCCACUAUUAAUAUGCAUUUUCAAAAACUGGGUACAAUGAAGUGACUUUAUUCUAAUCUCUCUUCAACCAUUGAAUAUUAAAAGGACAUUUAAAGGUGUUAAAGUAUUAACAAAUUACUAGAACAAACAUUGAAUACCCCUUGAUUAUUUCUUCAGCAAUAUUAUGGACGUGUUAAAUAUCACUGUAGUAAUAUGUCUGUAUUAUGUAACAUUUAUUGCCUUAAGCCGGGUGCACACUGUGCGAUUUAUAAUAGUCCUUUACAAUUGUUGCUUGUCAGACUGUACAAACAUGAUUCCCAUGUCACGCAGUGGGAUCUCAGCUGUCAUUUAUGUCAGACUGUAUGACAGUUAAGACGCUUUAAAAACGGACGCGUGCAUGAAAACUUGUCCGGAGUUUUACAUCAUCAACCCAUAAACGUUCGGUGACUGCAUUACACACGGGGCCGAAAUGGUGGCUAACAAAGAAAUCUCUAGCGUUAAUUUUGAUCACGGCUUGUCUUGAAAAAUGACAUUUUGACGUUCGUCGUAGGAGAAUUCACACUGCAGGACUGUGCGCCAAAUCUUCUGACACUGCCAGAAUUUUGUCUGAGGUAAAAUUUGUCUCAAACAACCAAAUCGUGGCCAAAAUUGCCACAGUGAGCACCCGCCUUUAAUCAAAAAUGGUAACACUUUAGUUUAGGGUCCAAUUCUUACUAUGAACUAGUUGCUUAUAAGCAUGCAUAUCAAAGCCUUAUUCUGCAUGACCAUAUUCUACAUUCCAUAAUCCUACCCAAUACCUAAACUUAACAGCUACCUUACUAACUAUUGAUAAGCAGUAAUUAAGAGUUUAUUGAGGCAAAAGUCGUAGUUAAUAGUUAACUGGAACAUUGAGUGAUAAUAUUUCAAAGUGAUUUCCGUCAUUUUGAUAGAAAAUAAAUAUUGUAUUUGCCUGCUUUAGAAAGAUUCCAGUAAACACUGCUAAUAGAGAUUGGAAGUGAAAAGAGGAGACAAUUACAUUACAUUUCAAAGCAUCCAUGUGAAAAUAAACCUGGAAAAACGAGAGAUUCUUAGUGCAUUCCAGUGAAUUAUUAAUGGGAUAUCUUGUAAAUUAAAUUGGCAGAACAGACCACAAAUGUGCAGUAUGUUAUCCUUUUUUCAUACUGUUACAGCAGAAUACGAAGGGAGAAAGAAAAUAGUCAGGAAGAAAAAAAAAUGCAGCGACUGAAGAGAGCUCUUGCCAUAGAUAUUCUUGUUAUACCAUGUCACAUUAAAAUUCCAAGCGUUACAUUAUUCUCCUGACAUCUGAAACUAGAACAUGAAGGAAAUUUUAGAGCUUAUUCAGUCAAACUGACAGAUAAGGAUUAUUUGUAGCGCAACCUUAUGAUUUUAAAUGAUUUGCUUCAGUCUUUUUGAGUGGAACUUUUUCCAAACUGGAAGUGUUUUGCUAAUGUUCCCAUUUAGUUAUGAAAACAUUAUUUCUGAAUGUUUUCUGAACAUUCAAAACGUCAAGUUUCUUAAAUGUUUUAAAAACUUUUUUUUUCUUGAUUGUGUGAAUGUUAAGGGAACACUCCAUUAUAUAAUUUUGCAAACAUUAUGGGAACGUUACUUUUGAAUGUUCUCUGAAGUAGUAACAUUUAAAAAACGUUAGUCAAAUAUUCAACUAAAACAUUUCAGGAAAAAAACGUUUCAUGAACAAUGUAUAAAUAACAUUAGUUUUCAUGCGCAUGUUUUGCAAACGUCAUUAAAGACCAGAUAACUUUGAACGAACAUUCUGUUAACGUUACCGUUCGAACAUUUGUUCUUAAAGGGUUAGUUCACCCAAAAAUGAAAAUUCUGUCAUUAAUUACUCACCCUCAUGUCGUUCCACACUCGUAAGACCUUCGUUCAUCUUCAGAACACAAAUUAAGAUAUUUUUGAUAAAAUCCGAUGGCUCAGUGAGGCCUGAGGGUGAGUAAUUAAUGAUAGAAUUUUCAAUCUUGGGUGAACUAACCCUUUAACUUUGAGUUUAGUUUCAAGGCUGACAGAUCAAUAUACUUUUUAAAAACAAAUUUUAAGCAAUAUGUCCUGCCCUCAACUUCCUGUUUAAAUGGGAAAUAAUUCAACCCAGGAAAGAAAACUGUGCUCGUCAAAGCAUUUCAUGAGGUUUUUAAUUUAGCUGACAAUGCUACAGGGUAAUCCAUAGCAUAUGCUGACGUCUGAAUUAUGCUCUCAUGUGCCUAUUUAUUCAGCAACAUUGUUUAAUGAAUUAUUAGAGGGAAUCAAUAAUUUAUGAAAAGAUGAUACGCUUCUACACAGUAACAGAUUAGGCAAUUUUCUAGUGUCAAAAUCAAGCAUUUUUUACCCAUUACGAUAUGAGGGUUUGUGCAUCCAUCACACUUCAACUACUUUAAUUGAUUUGAUCCUCCACUGAGUGAGAAAGAAGAUUGAAGAAUAUUUAGAGAAGAUCUCCCUGAAGAAUAUUAGAUGUUGAACUUCUGAGAACGUUUCUAUCGUGAGAUUUACGGCACGCUCUUCUACUAAUUAGAUCCUCCAUCUUCAGGAGCCGCACGCAGGGCUACAGUCACAGGGAGAUAUUGGACCGAUAUCACAAGAAAGCUCAUUAUUGUAUUGAUGCCCUGUAGGAAUACAGAGACCAAUACAAUAGAUCAUCACUAGAGUCCUACUGCCGUAUUUAAUAAGUUCUUCAGGUAGUGGUUAAUUAACUCGGCUGCUAACCAAAAGGGCGAAGGUUCAAACCCCGGAUUUGUAAUAGCUAAACUUAUUGCAAUUGUUUUAGCAAACAUUUUUAUGUUUGGACACACCAAUGCAGCAUACAAUAUCUUUGUUUUGACAGCAAUUAAAAUGUAAAUACUUGCAUAUAUAACUUUAGAAAAACAAUGAAAUGUUUUGUGAGUUUCAUACAAUAUUGAAUAUAUGGAAUUCAUAAUCUGAUUUAUUAUAAAUACAAUAAAAUCAGUCUAUUUUUAUUGCUUGUAAACUUAUUUAACAUCUAAUUUUUUAUUAAAACUGCUUUAUUUUAUGUUUUGUAUUGAUUUGUUUUUGUUUUGUUGUUUUUGUUUAUGGCUUUUGUCAUAAAAUCAGUGUAUUUCACUUAUAUUUUAUAUUUGUAGAGCUGUAAUGAUGAUUAACUUCCACCAUAUAAAGAGUUAAUUACAAAUCCCAUCUGGAUUUCAUUUACAAAUAAAUUUACCAUGAAAAAGA